GAAAGGGAAAGCACAAGCAGCGGCAGCACCAGCAGCGAGGAGAGGAGAGGAGAGGGGGGAGUGAUGAGUCAAUACAACUAAUAAUUUAAUGGGGACAGAGAGGGAGAGACGGAGUGAGAGGGGGAGAGACAGAGAGGGAGAUAGAAAGAAAGAGGAGCUCCGUCCGGACGCCAAUCCCCAACCAACAGGACACCUCCUACUAUUACUAUCGCAGGAAGCUCUCUUAUGCAUCCACAGCAAGCCUUAUUUAUGCUCGACAUCGGAAAGUAAACGGCACUUUUUGACCCCCCUCUCUGCUUGUUUUAUUUGGCGAACCUGUUCCGACUGUCCGCAUAUCGUCUCCACAUCGCCUCCAACGCGAUAGCAAGAUCACACUGUCGGUUAUUAUUAUUUUGCUCUGUCUCAGUCAGCCGGUGAAACCAACCCAGCUCAGCCGACGUUCAGCUAUUUUUGUGUAGGUUACCAGUCCCUCUCUGUUCGUGAACAUACACAACGAGGGUUUAUUAGGUCUCGGCGGCGGUUAUCAUCAUUACAACUGUGUCCGAGGUGCUUUGCUUUCCACUGUUCGCCUGCUAACUGUACUGUUCGGCUGCCCGCCCGCCGAUACAUUUGGAUGUUGUGGUGCGAACUAAAGCAGAAGUCGCCUUCACUUGUAACCGAUGGACGCGGCUAACCGCUCACUUUGUGGCUAAAUGUCGCCGGCUGUAACGGUUUCGGUUGCCGUUUUCUCCCUCCACUUGGACGGAAUAAGCUAACGGACACCAAACGCGCACACACACACAUAUACACCACACACACACGCACACACCGCUUACCAAUGUUCGCCUAUCACGGUCCAUCUCGACCUCGUCGUCUCUCGCGCAGACCCGGGUUGUUGUUUUUUCGCACCGCCUGCCAGUCCUCCGCCAAGAAGAGCCGGAGAAAGCGGCUUUUUACACACUAAUUUUUUUUUUAUUUCUGUUGCUGUCAUGCACACGUAAAGCCAGAGAGAGAUAACAACCCCCGGGAAGCAGGAGUUGUUUUGGGUGUCUUUUGUUUUUUCUUUUCUACCCUGGCCAAACUUGAAGAAGACGUGUUUUCCAGGCGGUGUUGUAUGCUCCUCAGUGCUCAAGUGCUGCGGUUCAGGUGAUAGUGAGCAGAGGUGCUGAGAAUGAUGGACCAUCUCAGCGAGGCGUGUUUGGGCAAGGAGAACUCUGACCUGGUCAACAGCAUGGCAGAGACCAAGGCCCCGCCGGCCAAGCUGCCCCGUCUGGAGCAGAACGGCAGCCCCCUGGGCCGGGCCAGGCUGGGCAGCACCGGGGCCAAACUAGCCGGGGUCCCGUACAAACCCACCAGCCACCUGCUGAAGACCUGCCACAAAAGAGGCAACAUGCUGCCUGUGUUCUGCGUGGUCGAGCACUAUGAGAAUCCCAUGGAUUUUGACAGCAAGGAGGAGCACGCCGAGUUCGUCCUGGUACGCAAGGACAUGCUCUUCAACCAGCUCAUCGAGAUGGCCCUGCUGUCGCUGGGCUACUCCCACAGCUCAGCGGCCCAGGCCAAAGGUAUGAUUCAGGUGGGGAAGUGGAACCCCGUCCCCCUGUCAUACGUGACAGACGCACCGGACGCUACAGUGGCUGACAUGCUGCAGGACGUCUACCACGUGGUCACGCUUAAGAUCCAGCUGCACAGAAAUCUAGCCAGUAACACCUUAAAUUGUUUCGCCGAGCACAACGAGCCAGGAAGUUGUCCUAAGCUGGAGGACCUGCCGCCCGAGCAAUGGAGCCACUCUACAGUAAGAAACGCCCUCAAGGAGUUACUCAAAGACAUGAAUCAGAGCUCUCUGGCUAAAGAAUGUCCCUUAUCACAGAGUAUGAUUUCCUCCAUUGUGAACAGCACUUACUAUGCAAAUGUGUCGGCGGCGAAGUGUCAGGAAUUUGGGCGCUGGUAUAAACAUUUCAAGAAGACAAAAGAUAUGAUGGGCAUGCGCCAACCCUCCCAGCUGGAGGGCUACCUGGGGACGUGUGUCCUCCGUGAGAGCCCGCGUGCCAAUGCACUAGCAGAGAUGGAUGGCCUGUCUGACCUCUCUCCACCCGGCUCUAAUCACAGCCACAACCACAACCACAACCACCUGGGCUUCUCCCAGCAGCAGCAGCCCAUCCCCGGCAGCACAGCAGAGCAGACUCCUUCCUCGCCGGUGCCCCCGCUGCCCCACGCCCCUCCACCACACGGUGGCCAGACUGGCGGCCGACAGCCCCAGCUUCCCGGUCUGCACCACCCAGGCCUGGUGUCCACACCCAUCAGCCCCCAGCUGGUCAACCAGCAGCUCGUGAUGGCACAGAUCCUCAACCAGCAGUAUGCAGUGAACCGGCUGCUGGCGCAGCAGUCCCUGUCGCAGCAGUACCUCAACCACCCACCUGUCAACCGCAACUCCCACAGCAAGCCCAUGGAGCCACAGGUGGCAUCAAACACAGAGGUGUCCGUCGAGAUUUACCAAUGGGUGAGGGAUGAGCUGAAGCGGGCUGGCAUCUCACAGGCCGUCUUCGCCCGUGUGGCCUUCAACAGAACCCAGGGCUUGCUGUCUGAGAUUCUGCGCAAGGAGGAGGACCCUAAGACAGCGUCUCAGUCGCUGCUGGUCAACCUGCGCGCCAUGCAGAACUUCCUGCAGCUGCCGGAGGCUGAGCGCGAUCGCAUCUAUCAAGAGGAGAGGGAGCGCAGCCUCACGGCAGCCUCGGCAAUGGGCGCCGCUCCUCUCAUCAGCACUCCACCCAGCCGACCUGUACAGCCCCGGAGGGAAGACUGUAACAGCGUAAGGCCCGAGGACUGGAAUCCCAGAAUCCCCGUGGGCAUUUCCCCUGUGAAACCGUCGCCUCUGCCCAGCGAGUGGAACGGCAAAACCGAGAGCUGCAUCCUCAACAUCAACUCCACCAUCUAUGACGAGAUCCAGCAGGAGAUGAAGAGGGCCAAAGUGUCCCAGGCCCUGUUCGCAAAGGUGGCCGCCUCCAAGAGCCAGGGCUGGCUCUGUGAGCUGCUGCGUUGGAAGGAGGACCCGUCUCCGGAGAACCGGACGCUCUGGGAGAACCUCUCCAUGAUCCGCCGCUUCCUGAGCCUCGCCCAGGUGGAGCGCGACGCAAUCUAUGAGCAGGAGAGCAGCGCCGGGCAGCAGCAGCACCACAACGAGCGGCCGACGCACAUGAUGCACAUGUCCACGGACCAGCUACAGGCUCCGCCGCCCCAGUCACAGCAGCCCUCCCUGUCCCUCCAGCACCCCUCCCAACCCCUCUUGUCUCAGCAGCCCUUGCAGCAACUGCAGCCCACCACCGGCCCCCGGUUGCCGCCUCGCCAGCCCUCCACCGCCUCCCCGGCAGAGACAGAGGACGAGGGCAGCCGCGGAGGGGGCAUCAAGUCCCGCACCUGCGGAGGGAAGAUCUCCCUGGAGGCCCUUGGCAUCCUGCAGAGCUUCAUCCAGGACGUGGGCCUGUACCCUGACGAGGAGGCCAUCCACACCCUGUCGGCCCAGCUGGACCUGCCCAAGCUCACCAUCAUCAAGUUCUUCCAGAACCAGCGCUUCUACAUCAAUCAUCCAGCCAAGGCGCCCAAGGAGCCCAGCAACAACAACAACAACAACAACAGCAGCAGCAGCAGCAGCACCGCAGCCACCACCAACACCAACACCAGCAGCAGCAGCAGCAGCAGCAGCCCGGCCUUCGAGGAGGAGCUGACGGACUUCAGGGAGAGCGGAGAGCUGCUGAAGGAGCUGGACGACAGCACGCAGACCAACAGCACCAUCUUCUCCAUCAAGAUCGAGGAGCAGCUGGCCCGAGGCGCCGAGGCCCAGUCAGAGUCAGAGCACGAGGCCAAGGAGUAGGACUCUCGCCCGUCUGAACACAUACCGAGAGUUUUCUUGUGCACACAUACAGACUGGUGACUGUGCUAAAUGUACCGCUCUGGCCGACACAGAACCACCACACUGCAAAUAAAGAAAAGUAGUGUUUUUAAUCAGUACAGCGUCUGGACUAUAUGAGGAGUGUUUAUAUAUAUCAGACUGACUAUGUGAAGUGAGUGCUCACACACUGGAAAGCCCAUUUCAGACUCAAGUACUACUUUUUGGAUUUUGUAAAACUUGUAUUAUUCACUGUAAAGACUGAUGCAUCAUUUAAAUAAUCUGCACAAAAAAUUAUUCUAAGUAUGUUGCCGUGGAUAUUUGCUGACUGCACUCUAUGUCUGUUGUUUUACACUGACUUACUUUAUCUUUUUGAGCUACUGAUUAUAUUUAAAAAGAAAAAAGUCCCCCUGGAGUUUGCUAGGACUUUGAUAGGUGUUUACGUAUGUGAUGUUUAACUGGAUUUGUUUUCUUUUCUUUUCUUUUUUUUAAAUAGCAAAUGAAAUCAAGGACCAAGUGGUUGACAAGGCCUUAAUUAUGAGGUAUCAAGUCUGGAGCCUGCUGGCAGAUUAGUUAUUCUUUUAAAAAGCGCAUAAUGUGAUUAUGGAUCACUCCAAACUCUGGAGCGCGAUCACCCAGCCCAGGUGAAUCUCCGAGAAUAGCUCAGUCUUUACAUAUUAUUUGUUAGGGAGGAAAUAUAAAUAUAUAUAUAUAGACAUUAUAUUGUAACUGUAAAAAAAAAAUACAGUCUUAAAGAAACUAUGCCAACAAAUGCCUUGUACUAUACGGCACUGCCGAUGUUAGAUUAUUUUGCAAAACCUUUGUCACUGUAACUCUCUGAAUUGCCACACAGUUAGAAAUGUGAAUUACACCAUGUUUAUGUUGUCCGACAUUAUUUAUUUGCAGUUCAUGCAGUGUUUCUGAUGUAAUUACUUUUUUUAAAAAGUUUAUGUUGCGUAGAACUUUUUUUAAAAUUCCACCGACCUUUUUUCUAUUUAUAAAUGUGGUUUCGAUGGGCAGUAAAAACAAAAAGUGUCUUAAACGUUUUAAAUGGAGAAAUGUGCUUUAAAGGUUGCCUAUAAAAAGUGCUGUAUGUCGAGCAACUCAUGCUACAAGCUUCACAAUUAAUGUUGUAUGCAAUUUUUACUAUCAUGCAAAUAAGCUUAGGUAAAAUGACUAACCUAUAGAACACCUUAGAGAGAAAAACAUAUGCAAUCUGUGUGAAAAUCGAUGUCUGCGAUGUGUCUUCCUUUGGUUAACAAUCCAAUUCAAAAAGCUAUUCCUGUAUAAAUAUUCUGUAUAAAAGUGUUUCUUUUUUAUGAGUUUAUUUCAAUGAGAACACCAGUUAUUUUGUUACAACUGACUGUUUUAUAAGUGUUUCUCGGUUCCUUUCUGCAGAAAUGUUCUAACUAGAAGUGGUUAUUGAUUGUUAAUUACACAAUUAAACUGUUUGUAUUGUACCACAGAUUUCUUGGCAUUAACUUGACCAGACUCUUUUGACACCAGAGUGGGAUCUUUUUUUUUCCUCCUCUGCAAACAAAAGAUGAAACAAUGUGAAUUGUUUUUAAAUCUUCUGCUAAGAGAUAUCAACUUCCAGACUCCUCCAGCAGCAGUCACUGAACACGUUAUUUGUAAUAACUGUAAAUAUCACAUCUUAUGAAUCAUUGAUUGUUUAUUAUUGUAAAUAUAUUUGAAGUUUGUGCAAGAGCUCACCGUACAAAAAAAAAAAAAUCUGUCGUGCCUCUUCCUCUCAGACCGACUGUACCCCGGGGCUCUUCUACUGCAUCUUCACUUCUCCUGCUGAGUGUAUCUGAAGCACCUGUGAAAUCUGAAAUAAAUAAAUGUUAGGUGUGAACACCUGUAAUAGCAAAAGCCCUCUGCAGGGAGUUAAGAUAGAAAACAGCACAGGUGUCCUGACCUCGCUGUGAACCCCAGGUGAGGCCAGGUGUCUGCACCUUUAGGAAAUUACCCUCACCUGUUAACACCCUGCGAUAUGUGCCAGCCAGUCUGGGCCGGCGUUCCCUUGAUGUUUCUGCUCUUUUUUUUUUUCUUUCUUUUUUUCAUGAAUAAAAAGCCAGAGUGUA